AUGUUCCCACGAUUCUGGCAGCUUGCUGGGCUGGCAGCGACGGCUGCGGUCGCCCUGUCCGUUGACGAGAGCGACUUUGCCCCUGAAGACAUCAUCACACGCGACGUCUGCAUUCUCGGAGGAGGAGCAACAGGAACAUAUGCUGCCAUUCAGCUCAAAGACCAAGACCGCAGUGUGGUUUUGGUAGAACGCAACGGCCAGUUGGGCGGCCAUUCUGAAACUUUUUACAUCGGCGAUAGUUAUAUCAACUACGGCGUCGAGGGCGUUUUCAAUGACCACACCUCGCGAAAGUUUUUCAACCGGCUGGGUGUCCAGUCGAAGCCACUCUUCCCGGAUACGUUGAUCGACAAGUAUGCCAAUUUCCAGACCGGCGAAGAAGUCGAGUCUCCCUCUGGCCUUUUAACCACAGUAGCUGCGGCGCUUUUGUAUCGAGCUGCGAUCGGACCAUACACCACUCUCGAACGCGGGGUUUAUUAUCUGCCAGACCCGGUCCCCGAAGAGCUCCUCGAGCCAUUCAGCACGUUUGUCGAAAAACAUGCUCUGCAAGGAGCAUUGCGCUUGAUCUUCAUGUUUGUCCAGAAUGUCGGCAAUAUUUUGGAUGCACCUACCAUAUACAUCAUUCAGAACUUUGGCAUCCCGCAUGUCAAUGCUCUUCUCGAAGGUUACAUAACCCCAACAAACGGCAUGGUUGAGCUGUACCAGAGUGCUGCUGGCGUUCUUGGUGAGGAUGUUUUGCUGCACACUACCGCCGUGGAAACCAACCGGUCGGACUCUGGCGUGAGCCUUGUUGUUGAGAACCACGCCGACGGUAGUAAAAAGUUGAUACACGCCAAGAACCUCCUGGUGACCUUCCCUCCGCUGGUCCAGAGCUUAACGGGAUUUGAUCUGGACACGACGGAAACCGGCCUGUUUGAGAAAUGGCACUGGAUGACCUACUAUGUCGCCGUUGUCAACAACACGGGAGCCCCGGACAAGGUCACUGUGGCUAAUAGCCAUCCUGCGAACGGGCCCGGCGCGCUACCGCACACACCAUUCGAAUGGCAGUUUGAAUACAUGGGGGUUCCGGGCUACUUGACUAGCAAGAUCAUUGCCAACUCCAAUUUCACUGACCAGGACGCAAAGGAUCUGGUCCUUUCUGAUGUCCAACGGUUGCGCGAUGCGGGGACGUUCUCCAACGACACCGCAGAAGACCCGAGCAUUGUUGCUUUUGGCAGUCACUCGCCCGAGACCUUGAUUGUUACCACCGACGAUAUUCGCAACGGGUUCUACCGGAAGCUGUACAACCUGCAGGGCCGACGGAGUACCUUCUACACCGGAUUGACGUUCUGCACUGAUUACUCGUCUCUGCUGUGGGCUUACACCGACACAGUGAUCGAGUCGAUGUUUGGGACAUCUUCAUAA